CGAGGUGGGCCGCGGCCGCCUGGUGACCUGCCGGUGCCCCCGGCGCUGGGGGGGCGGGCAGUGCCGUUCCGGUGGGGCUGCGGGCGUGCUAUCCUCCGGGGCAGGUCACGUACCGGUGCGCCGGCCAGGCGCUGCGGGGGUCGGUGACAAACCCAGAUUGCCAACAUGAAUAAAGACGCCCAGAUGAGAGCAACCAUUAACCAAAAGCUAAUAGAGACAGGAGAGCGAGAACGCCUUAAAGAGUUGCUGAGAGCCAAAUUAAUUGAAUGCGGCUGGAAAGAUCAGUUGAAGGCACACUGCAAAGAUGUCAUUAAAGAAAAAGGAUUAGAGCAUGUUACUGUUGAUGAUUUGGUGGCAGAAAUCACUCCAAAAGGCAGAGCCUUGGUACCAGACAGUGUAAAGAAGGAACUCCUGCAAAGAAUAAGAACCUUUCUUGCCCAGCAUGCCAGUCUUUAACUUUGAUGUUCAUCUGGGUUACAGUGUUUUCUUUUUCUGUACUAUGUCAGUCAUGUCAGGAUUGGAAGCAGUUUACAUACUUAAGUAUGGAUUUUUUUUUUUUUUUUGUAUGAUGAGCUGAAGUUUCUUUGCACUGCAUCAGUUUCUUAAACUUGGUGUUAUUUUGAUAAAAAAUUUUGUGGA